AUGUGGUUCGUCUUCGAGGCUGGUGUUGCCGGCACGGAACUUUUGGAACCAACGUUGUACUGUGCAUUCGUUGACACUUCCCUGGCCCCAUACUUCGUUGAUAUUUCGAGCGGUUUGAGCGGCGUGAAUUCUGACAAGUGUUUCUUGGAACUACCAAAUUUUGUUUUGGAAGGAACGGCUUUGGCAAUUGAAACUGAAAUUAGUCAUCAGGAAUGCAAAUGUCGCUGUCUGGUUGGAGAAUCGAGGUAUGGUGAAGCAUGUCAAUCCUUCCAGUACUACUUCGAUAGCAAUACUUGUCUGAUUUACAAGCAGAACAGAAGUCUCGUUUCAGUCAAUUCAUUGCUAUGUUUUGCACUGUUUGAUCUUCAGACAUGCCCACAAGGAGCUCCAGUCGAAGAAAUACAUAUAGCCAAGCCGACAGUUGACUCAAACUUUACUUCUCCUCAGAAGGAAACGAUCAAUGAUGUAACCUAA